GUGGCUGUGGCUCCCGGGGGAGUGAGAGUCUGGUGGGCAGCAGCAGGAAGACAAUAGCAGACAUGCUGUGUGGGCUCAGCCGGGAGACCCCUGGGGAGUCGGACGAUGGGCCUUACUCCAAAGGAGGCAAGGAUGCAGGUGGGGCCGAUGUCACCCUGGCGUGCCGCAGACAGAGCAUUCCAGCAGAGGAGUUCCGGGGGGUCACCAUGGUGGAGCUGAUCAAGAAAGAAGGCAGCACGCUGGGCCUGACCAUCUCCGGUGGCACCGACAAGGACGGGAAGCCCAGGGUCUCCAACCUGAGACCUGGGGGGCUGGCAGCCAGGAGUGACCUGCUGAACGUGGGUGACUACAUCCGGUCAGUGAAUGGGAUCCACCUGACUAGGCUCCGCCACGAUGAGAUCAUCACCUUGCUCAAGAACGUGGGCGAGCGCGUGGUGCUGGAGGUGGAGUAUGAGCUGCCCCCGCCCGCCCCUGAGAACAACCCAGGGAUCAUUUCAAAGACAGUGGAUGUCUCCCUCUACAAGGAGGGCAACAGCUUUGGCUUUGUCCUCAGAGGAGGUGCCCAUGAAGACGGGCACAAGUCCCGCCCACUUGUCCUGACCUACGUGCGCCCCGGCGGCCCUGCAGACAGGGAGGGCUCCUUGAAGGUGGGUGACAGGCUGCUCAGCGUGGACGGGAUCCCGCUGCAUGGGGCCAGCCACACCGCGGCCCUGGCCACCCUGCGGCAGUGCAGCCACGAGGCCCUCUUCCAGGUGGAGUACGAUGUGGUCAUCCCAGACACAGUGGCCAAUGCAUCCGGGCCCUUGAUAGUGGAAAUAACCAAGACGCCAGGGUCCGCCCUGGGCAUCUCCCUUGCUUCUGGCUCCCACCGGAACAAGCCGGUCAUCACCAUCGACCGCAUCAAACCAGCCAGUGUGGUGGACAGGAGCGGGGCCUUGCACGCUGGAGACCACAUCCUGUCCAUCGACGGCACCAGCACUGAACACUGCUCCAUGCUCGAGGCCACCAAGCUCCUGGCCAGUGUGUCAGAGAAAGUGCGCUUGGAGAUCCUGCCUUCUCCCCAAAGUCGGCGGCCCCUGAAACCCUCAGAGGCAGUGAAGGUGCAGAGGAGCGAGCAGCCUCAUCGCUGGGACCCCUGCCUGCCCUCCUGCCACAGCCCCCGGCCUGGCCGCUGCAGGACACCCACCUGGGCCACACCCGCCGGCCAGGACCAGACUCGAUCCUUGUCUUCGACUCCCUUUUCCUCGCCGACCAUGAACCACGCCUUUCCCUGCACCAACCCCAGCACCCUUCCCCGCGGACCCCAGCCCAUGAGCCCCCGCACCACCAUGGGGCGGAGGAGGCAGCGAAGGAGGGAGCACAAGAGCUCAUUGUCGCUGGCCUCCAGCACGGUGGGACCGGGCGGGCAGAUCGUGCACACGGAGACCACAGAGGUCGUGCUCUGCGGGGACCCCCUCAGCGGCUUCGGCCUCCAGCUCCAGGGCGGCAUCUUCGCCACCGAGACCCUGUCGUCCCCGCCCCUCGUGCGCUUCAUCGAGCCCGACAGCCCUGCCGAGAGGUGUGGGCUGCUGCAGGUGGGGGACCGCGUCCUGUCCAUCAACGGCAUCGCCACCGAGGACGGGACUAUGGAGGAAGCCAACCAGCUGCUGCGGGAUGCCGCGCUGGCCCACAAGGUCGUGCUGGAGAUUGAGUUCGAUGUGGCGGAGUCCGUCAUCCCGAGCAGCGGCACCUUCCACGUGAAGCUGCCCAAGAGGCGCGGUGUGGAGCUGGGCAUCACCAUCAGCUCGGCCAGCAGAAAGCGAGGGGAGCCUCUGAUCAUCUCUGACAUCAAGAAAGGCAGUGUAGCCCACAGGACUGGAACCCUUGAGCCAGGUGACAAGCUGCUGGCCAUCGACAAUAUCCGCUUGGACAAUUGUCCCAUGGAGGACGCUGUGCAGAUCCUGCGGCAAUGCGAGGACCUGGUGAAGCUAAAGAUCCGGAAGGACGAGGACAACUCUGAUGAACAGGAGACCACGGGUGCCAUCAGCUACACGGUGGAGCUGAAGCGCUACGGGGGCCCACUGGGCAUCACCAUCUCAGGCACAGAAGAGCCAUUUGAUCCCAUUGUCAUUUCAGGGCUCACCAAGCGCGGUCUGGCUGAGAGGACAGGCGCUAUCCAUGUUGGGGACCGCAUUCUCGCCAUCAACAGUGUUAGCCUAAAGGGCCGGCCACUGAGUGAAGCCAUCCACCUGCUGCAGGUGGCUGGCGAGACUGUCACACUGAAGAUCAAGAAACAACUAGACCGCCCCCUCCCACCCCUCAAGUCGGGCAGCCUGAGCGAGGCCAGUGAUGCAGAUGAGGACCCACCAGAGGCACUCAAAGGAGGUCUGCUGGCGGCCCGCUUCUCGCCCGCUGUGCCCAGUGUGGACAGCGCCGUGGAAUCCUGGGACAGCUCGGCCACGGAGGCUGGCUUUGGGGGCCCAGGUUCCUACACUCCCCAGACGGCGCCCCGGGGCCUGACCUCCCACGAGUGGAGACCCAGCAGGCUGAGAAGCAGCCCCCCACCCACAGAGCCCCGGAGGACGAGCUACACGCCAGCGCCUGCUGAUGAGAGCUUCCCUGAGGAGGAGGAGGAGGAUUGGGCGCCACCGACUAGCCCAGCCCCUGGCCCCGCCCGCGAGGAGGGCUUCUGGCGCGCGUUUGGGGAAGCCCUGGAAGACCUGGAGUCCUGCGGUCAGUCAGAGCUGCUGAGGGAGCUGGAGGCAUCCAUCAUGACGGGCACCGUGCAGAGUGUGGCCCUCGAAGGCAGGCCUGGCCCCCGGCCCUGGCGCAGGGGCCGGGAGGUACACGCUUUCCCUGAAGAGAGGCAGGAGCUGCUCCCGACUCCCUUGGAGAUGCACAAGGUGACCCUGUACAAGGACACCUUGCGGAAUGACUUUGGGUUCAGCGUCUCAGAUGGUCUCCUGGAGAAGGGUGUCUACGUCCACACCGUGCGCCCCGACGGCCCAGCUCAACAUGGGGGCCUCCGGCCCUUUGACAGGGUCCUUCAGGUCAACCACGUUCGCACACGGGACUUCGACUGCUGCCUGGCAGUGCCGCUCCUGGCCGAGGCGGGCGACGUCCUGCAGCUGGUCGUCAGCCGGAACCCGCUGACCCAGAGUGGCCGAGCCCCACGAGCACCAGGCCCCAGCAGCCCCCGGAUGCUCUGAAGUCAGCCUGUGGUCCAGACACCCCGGGGGUAUCUGGGGCAGAUGCGGCUCCCAGACCCGGAACCAGCAGAAGUGGCGACCCACUCACCCAUCAGCUGGUCUGGCAGGCCCUGGGCCGCCACCGCUGGGAUAUGGUCUCUGCUCCCCAGUUCUGGGGUGACCUGGGUGCCAGGCAGUGAGGUCUCUGCCCCAGUGGAAGUGACAUCUAGAUCUUUCUCCAUGUCCGGUCUCAAGGAUGUCUGGAGUUGCCUCACUCAGCGGGCCAGGAUGGGCCACUCGGCGGGGAGAAGAGGGGCUGAAUAGUGGGCCCCAGUUUCCUCUACGGUUUCUUGAGAGGAUGUAUGGUGUGGGGUGAGCCCAGCUCCGCAUACGGAGCGCCUUCUCCAGCAGAGCUAUGGUGCGCAAAUGGGCUGCCAGGGAGAGUUCCCUGUCACGGGAGGGGAACAGGCAGGAGCCGGAUGCCCUGGCACCGUCAUGGAAGGAGGUGUGAGGCAUCCAGAGAUGAGUCCUUGGAUGGGCUCUGAUGCUUCGUUUCCUGACAGGGAGUAUUUAGGGUGAGGCGGGGG